UAUUCCUGUAUCACCUUCAACAUGGCUGAAGGAGUUUGGGUUCUCGCCUUGGUGACCUGUUUCCACUCUAUAAACGCGGAGACUACCUUGACUCAGAUCCCGUCUAUAUCAAAAUCGCCGGGAACAACCGUCAAAAUCACCUGUACACGGUCAGGGGGCAGCAUCGGUAGCUACACGAGCUGGUACUGGCAGAAGCCGGACAGCAGCCCUGUCCUCGUGUGGUAUGGAAGCUCCACCAGAGGCACCGGUAUUCCAGACAGAUUCACGGGAUCCGUGGACUCAUCCACGAACCAAAUGCAUUUAACCAUCACCAACGUGCAAUCGGAGGACGCGGCCGAUUAUUACUGUGGUGUGUGGGACAACAGUAAAUACAAAUUCACCUUCGGGAGAGGAACCAAACUGAAUCUAAGCAGUCCGCGUCCCCCCACCGUUUCCAUUCUGGCGCCAUCAAUGGGUGAAGUCACCGCAAAAAGUACCGCCACCCUUGUGUGUUUGGUGAGCGGGUUCAAUCCGGGCGCUGUGGACAUUGAGUGGGCCGUGGACGGCAGUUGGAGAAGUGACGGCGCUGCGACCAGCCGGGUCCAGCAGGAGAAGGACAACUCGUUCAGUGCGAGCAGUUACCUGACUCUGCCAGCCGCCUACUGGAACUCACACGAGCUUUACUCCUGUGUGGUUAAACACGAAACCCAGGCAAUCCCGAUUAAGGCCAACAUCGCCAGAUCCAGUUGCCUCUAAUUCACAGGAUCAAAUUCCCGAUUUGCUACAUUUCUUUGUAAAUUAAUCCAAUAUUCAGAUAUGGAAUGUUCGCUUUAACCGGGUAGUUGUUCAAACGCAGCACGUAUGCAUUUUGUUGCCGUGAAUGCGCUGUCCGUAUUUUACGGUGAACUGAAAAACAAUAAUGUAACAUUUAAUGCAAUAAAACAGAUUAUUCUACUUACGAUGCAUCGUUGUAAUUUUCUGUGCAAAUGUCCUUGCCUUCAAUAGAAUAAAAACAAUAA